UGAUGAAAGAUUCAAAAAUAGUCGAUUACGUCAAAAUGAAACUAAAAAACAUUUAAACUUUAAAAAAAAUAGAUGAAGGACUUUAAGCUGAUGUAUAAAUAAAAUAUAUUAGAUUUAUGAGUUACCUUAUAAUGACAUUUAUUAUGCUAUCAAAAUAUUUAAAGAGACCACAUCUUAAGAUGAUAGAAUUGGGGAAAUUUAAGCCAGCCAAAAAAUAAAGAGUAAAUAUAUAAUAGUUUAUGUUUGGUAAUAUCAUAUAUUUACUAUUUUUUAGUCAUGAUUUAGAAAAUCUUGGAUGGAUCCUCUAUGAAAAAUUUGGUGACUAUAAUCUCCAAUAAUACCUUCAAUAUUUUAAAUUACAAGAAUAUCACGUUAACUAUAUUUUUACUUAACUUAUUGAAGGAUAUCAUGACAUCAUAGAAUCUGGUUAUUAUCACUGUGAUUUAAAGACUGCCAACAUAUUAGUGAAUUCAUCAACAUUAGAGAUCAAAAUUUGUGAUUUAGGAUUUGCAAAUCAAAUACAAUAAAAAAUUAAAUGUAGAAGAGGUUCAAGAGGAUACUUUGCUCCUGAAUUUUUUUAGGAUGAUAUCAUUAAUCUUAAUGAGAAGACAGAAGUGUUUGCUCUAGGAGUAAUAUUGUAUUAGCUAUUAACUAAUGAAUUUCCUUAUACAAAUUAAAAUACCUGUUAAAAAUGGAUAUAAAUAACAAAAAGUAAUUGGAAAGAUUUUUGGAAAAAUAAAAGAAUUUCUUAGUAAUAUAAAGAAAUAAUAUAAAAUAUAUUUUAAAUGGAUCCGACUAAAAGGUGUAAUUUGCCUUAUUUAUAAAGCAUCUUUCAUUUUUGA